AUGCUGGAGACAGCCUGUCAGCAACAAAGUUCCACUCUCUUUCUCUCUCUCUCUCUCUCUCUCUCUCUAUGCCUGAGUCCCCUUCUUCCCUUACCUUACGUUCCCUCUAUUCCCCCCUCUCUCUCUCCUCCUAGGUUUUUCGUUCUUUUCUUCUCUUUUCAAUCUGGUUUUAGCUUAAGGAGAUCCGGAAUUUCUCGUUUCCUUGUGGUUUAG